AUGUCCUCCCCCUCCAUGGCCAACCCUCUCCCAGCGAUCCCUCCCGCUCUUUUCUUUCUUGUUCCUCUCUUUGCCGUCGUCAUCCUCCUUCUUGCUCUCUCUCACCGACCAGCUCAUUACGGUGCCAACCAGCCAACUCAGAAGCGCCGCGCGUUGGUCUCGUAUCUUGCAAUCGCAUCGCUCACUGUGCUUUCGACUCUCACUGGUGCCCUUGGUUUGACUGCUUCAUACGCAAGCCCCAACCCCCCAGCGCCAGCCCAACUGGCCAAGGCCAAGGCCGAGUCUGUCGUACAGGCUUUUCUCUUUCUCGAGUUGGGAGUUUCUGUACUCUAUCUCUCGAGUGGGUACGUGUUGUUGUCGACCAUACUCAAAGCAUACACCACCAUCCUCGUAAUUUCGCUUUCAAGCGCGACCCUUCUAGCUCUCCUCUUACCAUUCGUUUCCACCUCUUUUCCCGCAUACCUGCCACCCGUUCUUUAUUUAUCCUAUGCCAUUCUCACGAUCCCCCUUGUCGUCCACACUUUCCGCCAAUUCGUGCGCGGCACGUCAAAUUUGGACUCGGAAUCUUCCAUCCCGCUGUCUCUUUCUCUAGCUCCUCCGCUUCCCUCGCCAACGGCCUCCUCGGCGUCCUUUCCUUCUGUGGUCUCCCACCAUGAGAAACUUCCGAGCAUUAGUUCAUCCACGUCCACCCUAGCUGCCGUGGACCAUUGGCAGUCAAGUGCGCACGUUCAUCUUCACCCUACAGUUCCAUUCCCUGCCCCAGAUGACUUGGAGAACGGACAAGUUGUGCAUCCCACUGGUGAUGAUCAAAACUUGAGCUCACGGAUCGGGCGAAGUAGGUCGAGGAGUUUGCUUGUAUUUUUGCUCGCAGCACAGGGUGCAGCGUUGAUGGGACUUUGCUUUGACAUUGCUGCCACCGUGCUAAUGACUGCGUCCACUCGCCCGGGUUCUGCAACAUAUGGAAGGUCAAUAUAUGCGAUCCUACAGAUCGUUGAGGCCGCAUUCAUCGUACUUUGUAUCACUGGUGUCAUGUCUGCCUACCUAUUGCAUGCAUACAAUGCUUAUCUGCCGAUUCUGACGUUGACCCAGCCACCGGAUACUCUCGUUGCUACCAGGGAUUCCCUUGUAGCAUCCCAAGCGAUCAAUGGUCUCUCUCCACCUCGCCCUCACCUCACUGUACUGUCACCUCCCCCCGUUCGGUCGUCACCGAAGUUUAAGGCCAAGUCUACGAUACUAGGUGGCACAGGCAAAGCGAGGACCUGUUUCCACAUGCGCGGCGCUUCUGCCUCCUCGUCGUUCUCCUCGCCAAGACCUCAACGUGUGCCUUUGACUCCACCUCAGGACCUGAUCAUCUGUGGCCCCUCAGAAUCUCAGCUCCCCAGCCCAUGCUCUCCUGAUGUUGUUCUAGCUACUCAAGAUCCAACACCAGCUUCUUUCUCUACCCCAUCUGCGUCGCUGCCGAUUCCCAUUCCCACACGUUUGCCGUCUCCAGACCCAAUGCCAUACCCAACGCCAAGUACGACUCCUACCUUUAGCAAACCCGUUCCGUUCUUGGGCACUUCGCGUCAAUCCGUAGCAGGAGGAGUAACUUUUCUUCCAGAUAUCGACGCCCAUGAGCGUGCACGCGCACAUGCAUACGCGCGUAGGGGAAGUUCCAGUCCUUGUCCCAGCUUGGGAACCAUGCGGAAACGCGUUUCGAGUCAGAGUCAGGUGGUGGAUAAAGAGUGGGAGCGCUCAUCUGUGCCCAAGAGAAAGAAGAGCCAGCAUUCGUCGAAAAUGAGGCAGCAGUUGGACCAACCGUUGGGGUUGGGUUUGGGCUUGGGGCUCAAGGGGAAGACAAAGUACCCUUUGACGAUCCACGUGUCAAGUCAUGGACGCGGGUCCUUUCGUUUUCCUGGUGGAGUUGCCAGUCCGAGGGCAAAGGUGUCUGAUGUGGAGCUAAGGGCGGGAGAAGAUUGUGAAGGAGAAAGAGAGGAGGAGGGAGAGUCGGGUGACUUUAUGGACCUGCGUGACCCAUUUGCCUGUCCAUCUCCCGGAGUUAAUGUCCUUUUUACAGAGGAGAAAGAGGGGAUUGAAAGAGCGGUGAGCUGGUAUGGGCGUGGAAGAGGACAGCAGGGACAGCGACUAAGUGCAUGGGGAAGGUUGCCCUCUCUUCCUUCCAUACCUGCCUCUCCAUCGAUGACGUCGUUGGCUUCGUCAAAGGGCACGGGAAGAGUGAGCAAGAAUCCGAAGGGUCGAGUUGGGAGAAAGGCGAGGCAUGGGAAAGAGGGAGCGAAGUUUGGGGGAGGGGAAGAUGUGGAUUUUGAUGUUGAAGAGGCGUUGUUGGCGCAGAGGCUCUUGAGACGACUGGAUUCUGGGUCGGUGGAGCACGACGCUGGUGGGUGA